CAGCUGCGCUACUCAGGACCAGGAAGCAAAGGCUCCAACGGAGGGAGAAGUGCAUCACAUCCAAAGCUAUGGCUUAUCAACACAAACUGGCUGAAAAACUCACCAUCCUUAAUGAGCGAGGCAGCGGGGUCCUGAUACGCAUGAACUACAUUAAAAAGACUUGUGCAGAUCCCAAACUGCGCCCGACCAUCCUGACAGAUAAAGUCAUGGAGCCAGCCGUCAAAUAUAUCAACAAGAAAUUCCCCAACAUUGAUUACAGAGGAAAUGUCCAAAAUCUAACCUGUGUCCAGCGACAGAAAUCCGAAGUUUUGGCAGCAACAACAAGUUACUAUGACUCUUUCUUGGAUGUCAUAGAGUUCAGGGACCAUGUCUAUGAGCUGCUGAAUACCAUAGAUGCCUGCCAGUGCUUCUUUGAUAUUGCUAUCAACUUUGACUUCACCAAGAAGUACUUGGAUCUGAUUAUCACCUACACCUCCGUCAUCAUAACACUGUGUCGCAUCGAUGACAAGAAGGCACUGGUUGGGCUGUUCAAUUGCGCCCAUGAGAUGAGCAAUGGUAGCAGUGAUCCUUCGUAUCCACGGCUCAGCCAGAUGUUUGUGGAGUAUGAGCACCCGUGGAAAAAGCUUACAGAGGAGUUUGGACCUCACACAAGGUCAGUGACGGCAGCAUUACUGUCUCUGAAGAUGGUCUACCCACGCAGAAACCUACCAGUGGAGCAGUGGCGGAGUGCCCAGCUCCUCAGCCUGCUCAGUGCUCCGGCAACCAUGCUGGACCCGGCCUGCUGCGACACUAUGGCAUGUGAAUACCUGUCUAUGGAGGUGAUGGAGCGCUGGAUCAUUAUCGGGUUCCUGUUGUGCCACAGCAGCCUGAACACCAACCAGGCCUCUCAGGAGUUGUGGAAGAUGGCACUAAGGAGCGGGUUCUACCUCACUCUCACGAGAGAUGAGGUGAUCAACUUCCACAAAGUGACAGAGGACCUGUUUGACAGUAUUAAAGGAUAUAACAAGAGGAUUGCAGACAUCAAGGAAUGCCGAGAAUACGCUUUAGCCAACAGCGGUGCUGUGCACAGAGACAGGAGGCAAUACCUGAGAGGGGCCAUGAAGGAACUAAUUAAAGUUCUGGAGGAUGAACCUGGACUGCUGGGACCCAAGGCCUUGUUUGUCUUCAUGGCUCUAUCAUUCUCCCGUGACGAGGUUCUCUGGCUUGUCAGACACUCAGAAAAUAUGCCAAAACUGAAGACGCCAGAAGACUACAUUGACAAUCAGAUGGCAGAGUUACUGUUCCACAUGGAGCAGCUCCGCGGUCUGAUGAGAAAGUACAGUCAUGUUUUACAGCGUUACCAUGUACAGUACCUGGCACAGUUUGAUGCUUUGGUUCUCAACGACACCAUUCAGAGCAUAUAUGUCUGUCCAGAAGAGGAGUCAAUCUUGAUGACUUCGUUUGUCUCGACCCUAUCUCCUCUUUCAGUCAAACAAGUGGAAAACAAAGAGGAGUUUGACUUCAGAGGUCUUAGACUGGACUGGAUGAGAUUACAGGUCUAUACAAGUGUGAACAAGGCCCCUCUUCCAAUAAAGGACUACCCUGAUCUCGCAAAAGUGAUGAACAUGAUCCAGUUUCACACGAGGAUGGUGGAUAGUAUUGAAGAAAUGCUGCAAGAGACCUCAGAUGUGUUCAUACUCUGUUUCUUCCCACGUGUCUUUGAGAAGAUGUUUUCCCAGAGCAGUGAGAUGCUGACCAUGAAGCGUUACCUCAUGGCUUUUGCUGCUGUUUGUUCCCAGUUCAGCCAGUGUGGACACCCUCUCUGCCCAGAAGAGACAGCAGAAACAGAAAAGAGAAGUCUGCGCCUCUGCGUGACCUUCCUCGAGCAGAUAGCCAAGCAGACCAGCAGUGUUGUUUUAGAGAUAUGUGCUGAGCAGUGCAACCUGGCUGACAAGUUACUGCCCAAGCACUGUGCCGAGACCAUCAGUGCUGCUCGCCACAGACAGCAGAAGAAGCCAGCGCCCAAGAAAGGAGAGGUCCAAAAAGAGAAGCCAGGGGCUGAGAGCCUGAGGAAAGAUCGGAUCAUCACCACAAAUGUGGACAAGAUGCAUCUGAUCCUGACUGAACUGGUCUCCUCCUACAGUCUGAGCAGCGAAUUAAUUAUUUUUGACCACAUCAUCGUUCCCACUGAGUUCCUCCUUUCUCAUCUGGAGACACGCCUCUCUGAGAUCAUCGUGAGAAUGGCCAAUUACAACCAGACCACCCAGGAGAUCGCGCGUCCCUCAGAACUCCUGGCAAAGAUACGGACCUAUACAGCCAGCCUGCACACUGUCUCCAGCUACAUCAAUGUAGACAUCACUCGCCUGGUGAAGAGCGUCCUCCUGCAACAAACACAGCCACUGGACUCCCACGGAGGACAGACUAUCACAACUCUCUACACCAACUGGUACCUGGAGAGUCUCUUACGUCAGGCCAGCAAUUCCAUCAUCGUCCACUGUCCUACGAUGCACUGUUUUGUCAACCAAACGACUGAAAAUGAGUCAGGUUUCAGAGCAGAAGAAUUCUCAGAUGUGUUAGAGUUGCAGGCGUUGGCUGAGCUCAUCGGGCCGUAUGGCCUGAAGUUUCUGGGCGAGAACCUGAUGUGGCACAUCACGUCUCAAGUGUGUGAGCUGAAGAAACUUGUAAUUGAAAAUAUGGAUGUCCUGGUCCAGAUGAGGAAUAACUUUGAGAAGCCUGAGGAGAUGGCAAAUCUUAAGAGAAGACUGACAGGAGUUGAAAAUGUGCUGAAGAGGAUGACCAUCAUUGGAGUGAUCCUGUCCUUCAGCUCAAUGUCACAGGACUGUCUGAAAGAUAUCCUGCAUAAGCACUGUCCUUACCUGAUGGGGCCCAUUGAGUGCAUGAGGGACUCCAUCUACCCUGAAAGUGACAUGAAGGCGACUCUUGCUGUUUUUGAGUUGGCUUCUGCUGCAGGACUGAAAUGUGAUAUCAGCCCUUCCUUGGUCUCAGCUGUUGAGAGCUUACAGACAGAUAACGUGUCUCUUGAUGAGGAGUACAAGCUGACCUGUUUGCUGCUCGUCUAUAUUGCUGUGGCCCUGCCUGCGCUGGCCCUGGACCCCAACUCCUUCUAUAGCCGAGAUCAUGGAGGUCACAACAACAACAUCCACUGUUUAGCGACAGCCAUCAACCAGCUGGCUGCAGUCAUGUUCACUGUUCAGAAAAAGAACAUAGAGCAGCACCUCAAAGAGUUUCUCCUGCUGGCUUCUUCUGCUCUGCUGCAGCUGGGACAAAAUGUGGAGUGCAAAAACCGAGAGUCAAUCUACCUGCUCCUCCACAUGAUUGUGGAGGAGUCUCCAUUCUUGAGCCAGGAUAUGCUGGAGAGUUGCUUCCCCUACGUUUUGCUCCGAAACUCCUACAGGGAGGUGUACAGGUCCUUUAUCAUUACUCUGGGCUGAAUAUGUUGUCAAACACAUGAAGACACGUUAUCUUAUUUCUGUCAUUCACAAUAAUUUAAGCUGCUGUUCAUGUUGCUUUUUAUGUCAGUUAACACUGAGAAUGUUUUUAACUGAUGGUGCUAUUUUUUCAGUAUUAUGUUUUGGAUUUUAGACUGUUACACAAAUCAAACAUUGCAACUGAACACUCCUUCUGUUACUUCCAUACCAGAGUCAGAUAACUGGAACUGGAACUAUCACAACAUAAUCAAAAAUAGCCUUUAAGUCUCUAAAUGUAAAGGUCAGUAUAUAACAUUUGUUUUCAUUCAUUAAAGUUGAAAA